AUGGAUCCCGUUGCGAUCGUUCAACAGCUAAAGACCCUCACCGACAUUGAAGGAGAUUUAGCAGACGCGGCUCUUGCAGUCCAAGCCUCGUCCAAUGGUGCUGAUGCGGCUCAAGGAGAAUCUGAGGCUCUGGCUUCCGCUUCAGAUGCAGCAGAUCAGGACCCUCUAAGAACUGCCGAGGCUUUGGAGAGCGUAUUAGAAGGUACAAUGCCACCGGCUCCGCCUCGUGACACAUCAUCAAUGGAGACUGCUCAGCCCUCGGUCAGUGUCAUAGUGUCCAAUCCAGAUGCAGACAAGAUCAACGAUGUAGAGCAUUCCGCAGCACAAAGCCUACCCCAAGUCGAACAGCCUGAUGCGGACGCUGCCCACGCGAUCGAUAUGCAGUCGAGCGCGGUAGCCCACGAAGCUCAGGAGGCCAUUCAGAAAGUGGUUAAAAAUGAGGCCAUCCCAAUCUUGCCUGCUACAGACGUCGAUGCGCCGGUCGAGGCGACGUCCAGUGUCCAACCCGCAGCCACCGGUGGAGUCGUAGCCGAGAGUGAAAUGAAGUCUAUCCCGGUCGAUUCGGUAGCACCACCUGCCGCACAACAUGGACCUGAUCAAUCUAAAUCGGAACCGUCUCAGGAAGAGCAGUGGGGUGCCUUGGACUCCGUGAUCUCUGCGGACCAACAAUUCGCACAAGACGCUGCAUUGUUACCUUCUCAGACACCAUUUCAGUCUCUGGAAGAUCCCAAGAUCCAAGCAGACCUUCCUGCCAACCUCUCGAUACAAUCCAGUAGCAUAGUCGAGAAUCCAGAUUUAAUCUCAGCAUGGAGGCAUGAUCCUAAGAACUCCCGAACCCUCCUUGAGCUCUUCACCUUCUCGGUACAGCGGUCGGAGAUCAUAGAUGCCCGGGCUUGGUAUACUGCGCUCUCCAAGGUUGAGGCUUCAGCAGUGCAGCCGCUUCUCCUCAUGAUCAACCUAGAGCUGUCCCUCUCAAACUUCUCCGAAGUGGAAAGUCUAUUUGCCCGUGCCUUGAAAGGUACGAAUGGGGAGAUGACCGCGGCGGCGGACGUCAGUAUAUGGAAGGCUUAUCUGCACUACAUACGUCGGCAAAAUCCUAUCACCGAGGGCGCCGCAGAUGUCGAACAGAUCAGGACGACAAUCUCAAAAGCAUAUGAAUUCGCCUUGCAGCAAUGCGGAACCGACAGGGAAAGUGGCGAAAUAUGGCAGGAAUACAUCAGUUUUGUCUCUGAGCCAAAUCCGAAGAACACAUGGGAAACUCAACAGCAGAUGGACAGUCUAAGGAAAAUUUACCAACGCGCAGUCUGUAUACCUCUCAACAACGUCGAGAUACUUUGGAAAGCAUAUGAUGCUUUCGAAUCUGGCUUGAACAAGUUGACAGCCAAAAAGUUCUUGGCUGAGCGAUCCCCUGCAUACAUGACCGCUCGGACAGCAUUACGAGAGCUGCGAGCCUUGACAGAGGGUCUGCCUCAUCCGGCACUGCCACCACAUCCCACGUUUUCAGAUCAAGACCGAUCCACGGUCAACGCCUGGAAGUCGUAUCUCCGGUGGGAGGAGAGCAAUCCGCUGGUGAUCGAGGAUCAGGCAGUCUUAAAUCACAGGAUCAAGUACGCUUUCCGACAAUGUCUCGGCGACAUGAGGCAUUUCCCCGAGCUGUGGCAUUACGCUGCAAAUUGGCACAUCACGGCAGGCAAAAAGGACGAGGCUGCCGAGGUCCUGCAAGCUGGUGUUGAAGCUUGUCCGUGCAGCUACCUUCUCACCUUCACCUUGGCGGACUUGGAAGAGGACAGAGGCAAUUUUGCGACUUGUCACGAGGUCUACGAAGCGCUUAUCAACCGGCUGAAUCCUGAAAUUGACGAAUUGAAGGAAUUGGUGGCUGCCGAAGUGGAUCGGGCAAGAGGCCCAGAGAUCUCCAAGCCGACCGACGAUGAUGCGAUUAACGGCGAUGAUGGUUUGGCGGAAGUCACUCGACUCAUUGAUGAACGCGAAGCUCGGGGUAAGCACGUUGCGGAGCAGAGGGGCAAGGACGUCGCCGAUCUUGCGACGGCGGCGAGCGUCGUUUGGAUCAUGUACAUGAGAUUCGCUCAAAGAGCCGAGGGGCUCAAAGCGGCUCGAGGCGUCUUUGGUAAAGCUAGAAAAUCGCCACAUGUGACGUGGCACACUUUCGAGGCAUCGGCUAUGCUGGAAUAUCACUCAAAUAAAGACUCCGCAGUCGCCAUCCGGAUUUUCGAGCUUGGCUUCAAGCUUUUCUCUGAGGAUGUUGAUUACGUCGUGCGAUAUCUUCAGUUCUUGCUUUCUAUCAAUGACGAUUCAAAUGCCCGGGCACUCUUUGAGCGAUCCGCCAGCAAGAUUCCCGCCGCCAAAGCGCGACCACUGUGGGACACUUGGGCAAGAUAUGAGUAUCUCUACGGCGAUUUGGCCGGUGUUCACAAGUUAGAGAGUCGAUUUGCAGAGGUUUUUCCUAAUGAUUCACCUCUCAAACGCUUCGCGCAACGCUUCGUAUACAAUGGCAUCGACCAAGUCGCUCUUCGAGAUCUAGGUUUUGGUAAACGGCUCCAGGGUGCCCCGCCACCAGCACCUUCUACCGGAGGACCGAUUCCAGGGAUGCCAUUGACCGGCUCUCACCAUCCUCCGCCUGCGCCGGUUUCGCUGCCUCCUCCUGCUGUCAACCUUGAUACCGCAGGCGUGCCGUCUCCACCUGUUAAACGGCCCUUUCCCACCUCUGAUCCUCCGCGUGCCCAAGGUCGACCUAGAGGCUCCGUCGACAGGUCACAAUCACCUUCUGCUAAGCGUUAUAGGCCGACUGCUUCACCCCCUCCGCCAAGGAGGUACCCCUUACCAGAAAGAGAAAGGAUGCCAAGUACUGGACGAUACGACGAUCGCUCCUCUUUGCCUCCACAGCAAGGGGCGCCCCAUGCCCGGGGUGGCGGUUCCGUUCCACCUUAUGGUGGGCUACCUCUCCCCAUAUCCCAUCCAGGUCCUCUCCCUCCUAGAGGCCCGCCAAUACCGAUCGCGAACGAUCACUUCGAUCGAUCAGGUCUAACCAAGCCUCUGGCCUGGUUUAUCGAUUCUCUGCCGUCUGCUCGAUCAUUCAAUGGUCCUGUCUUCCGCGCUGAUGACAUCAUGUCACUGUUCAAUAACAUUUCUGGAGAUGGUCUGGGUGUCGGUGCACCUACUGUUCCUCCAGUUAGGACCCAAGGCUACCCGCCUCGUAUGUGAUCUGCGCUCAUCUGGUGAUUGGGCACUAAUGAGACCUAGCCGGCAAUCGCUACGGUGGUCCACCACCACCGCCCCGCAGGUACUGAUUACUGAAUGUAAUGUAUGAUGUCAGCAUGGAGUGUCAAUGCAUAGCGAUGGUGUCAAGGAAAGUCGCACUGUCUCAGCGCCUUGCGACAGAGGUUCAUCGCCAACACUCUACCCUGCGCCUCAGGAUCCCCUGCAUCUCUUGACUGCCCAUCUGACUUGUACCUGCACGCUGGCAGAACAAGACUCUACUCUCCUCUCCAUCUGACCAAGCGGCCGCCAUGGCUUGCGCAAAUGUUGCAGUGCCCUUGCCGUCGUCCUCUGGUAAACUCAGUAGUCGUCCAGCAUCCAUC